AUGUCAAAAAAGAAGCAGAAAAUCAACAGCGCAUACUAUGUAUCUCUGAUCAGAAGGAUCACGACGUUACAUGGCACGAACCACUUCACCUCCAAGACUGGAAGGUCGCUGGUACUCUGGAGUGUGGUGGUGUUGAGCAACAUACUCCUGACCAUCGCCUUUAUUAUGGUCAUCAAGCAGAAGUUCAAUGAAAACCAGAUUGUGACUUCUAUAAAUGCUAACUGCAAGAUAACCCAGGUCCCAUUCCCAGCUGUUAGCAUUUGCAAUUUCAAUAUGGUGUCUCUGAGGGAAUCAAGGAAUAUCGCUGGAGUUCUGAAACAUUACAAUAGAAGUGAUGAGGAAAUCAUAAAGUUCUUCAACGCUCUCCCGCUGUUAAAGAACUUUGAUCAAAAUAGCAGACAGCUGGGAAACUUUACUGAGAUCAUGAAUAUUCUGAAACAUCAUUUUUUCACCGUGGAUACAAUCAUGGAAGAGGUGCAUCAAAAGUGCGAGAAUCUGAUACUGCAUUGUACAUUCAGUAGGAAAGGAAAGAGAUGUGAGGAUAUGUUCUCGCUGAUCAAGACAUAUGAAGGAUACUGUUGCAGUUUCAAUUAUGCUGCUCUGAAUGAUGCUAGUGAAGUGCCUCUUCUGCCUUCAACACCUGAUGAAGAUCUAGAGUACUAUGAUGACCAGAACCCUGACGGUGGAACAUCAACCAACCCAACUAUAAUAGGCACUUCAGAGUCUGGCAGAGGUACCGGUCUUAGCGUGGUAUUCAAUGUGGAACCAAACGAUUAUCCAAGCUGGUCGCCUGUGCCUUAUUACGGAGUUAAGGUAUUACUGAGUGACCCAAACGACUACCCAGAAACCACAAUAGACUACAGAUACAUAACCUUCGGAGAAUCAGUGGACAUCAAGGUGGAACCCAUGGUCUUCCAAAGUGACUCCAAUGUCCGAAGAGUAGAACCAGAGAAUAGGGGCUGUUGGUUCCAUGAUGAGGUGGUCCUCAGCCAUACCAAUCGGUACAGCUAUGAGACUUGUGUCACGGAAUGCAGAAUGAAGAACUAUAUGGACGCCUGUAAAUGUGUGCCGUAUAAGUAUCCCAGAGAGAAGUCAACCCGGAUCUGUGAUUUUGAAGACAUGGCUUGUUUGAACAAUGUAACAGUUCAUAAAUCCAGAAAAGAAAUGGAGUGCUCUCCACUCUGUUACAUGGAGUGUCGAGACAAGAAGUAUAGUGUUACCAGCGACUUGACGCCCUUCCUCCCCGCCGACUACCCGCCUGAAGUCACAGCUGGCGUGAAUGUGAGUGAGUUGGCAGCAUUGCAAGUCUACUUCAGCAAAUCAAAUUGUAACUGCUAUAAGUUGACGCUUCUCAUUGAUGUCAGUUAUUUUAUUGCUACAUACGGUGGAGUAUUUUCCCUGAGUUUCGGCGGCUCCAUAAUCAGUUUGGUAGAAAUUACGUAUUUGUUCAUAUCCUUUGUAAUCACCGUUACAUUACGAAUUAUAACAAUUGUUAUUUCUAAAAGAGCAUUAAAUCCUAUGUGA